CCCCUCAAGCCAUACAACACUGAGAGGAAGACAAUAGCGAAGAAGGUGGAUGACAACAUCUACACCUUCGAGCAGGAGCACGGCUUUGCCAACGUUUCUGUCAACAUCAGGAUGACUGUAGUCAGGCUCAACGACGGAGGGCUCUGGGUGCAUGCCCCCGUAGCCCCGACUGAGGAAUGUGUAGCCAUGGUGAAGAAGCUGGGAGAGGUGAAGUACGUCAUCCUCCCCACCACGGGCCUCGAGCACAAGAUCUUCAUGAAGCCCUUCAUGAGCUACUUCCCCAACGCCAAGGCCUACGUCGCCCCCGGGCAGUGGAGCUGGCCCAUCGACCUUCCCCUCGGGUUCAAGGGUGUGCUGCAAGACAUGGACCCCAACGUUCCCUGGUCGAAGGAGAUCGAGCAGAAGGUGGUGUAUGCUGAGGUUGGCAUCGGGAAGACCAGCGAGGUCGCCUUCUUCCACAAGAAGUCGUCGACGCUCUUCGUCACUGACGCGGUCAUCUUCAUCCCCCCCGAGGCCCCCGAGGUCUUGAAGGCCUACCGGGAGGAGGAGAACAAGUGGAAGAAGUCAGCUCUCAUGUCCUGCUUCCUCGGUCCCCCCUACGUCCCCUCCUUCGACGUGAUAGCAGGGAAGCUCUUCGUCAGCCCGGUGGUGAGAACUUUCAUCUAUGAGCGGACGCCGGACGAGACCAGGGACUGGAUCCAGCGCAUCUGCCAGUGGAGGUUCAGGAAGAUCAUCCCGGCACAUCUCGACGCUCCUGUCGCUGCUGGACCGGCAGACCUCAAGGAGGCGUUCAAGUUCCUCGACGUACCCACGUCGAAUCCCCUCCCCGACGGCGACAUGGGC